GGUUAUGGACAUAAAACUCCAGAAUCCAGAUACCACUGAAUUCAAAUCUACUACUGUACUCAAGUGAUGUCAGGUCCUCAGUGCUGCGAAAACCCACCAGCUCUCGACUCAAGCUGUGGCGGCGUAGGGCAUGAGGAGGAAAUUGGAGGCCUCAAGUGCUAUGUAACUGGGCCCCCUCACUCCAAGCUUGCUGUGCUUCUGCUCUCCGACAUUUUUGGAUAUGAAGCUCCGAAAUUGAGGAAACUUGCUGACAAAGUUUCAGCUUCUGGUUUCUAUGUGGUCGUUCCUGACUUCUUUUAUGGAGAUCCUUAUGCGCCUGAAAAUGCUGAGAGGCCUUUGCCUGUUUGGUUAAAAGAUCACGGACCGGAUAAAGGUUUUGAAGAUGCAAAACCAGUAAUUCAAGCUCUAAAAAGUAAAGGCAUAUCCAGCAUCGGAGCUGCAGGCUUUUGCUGGGGAGCCAAGCUUGUUGUGGAACUAGGAAAGUACGCUUAUAUUCAAGCUGCAGUGCUAUUACAUCCAUCAUUUGUUUCUUUGGAGGAUGUCCAGGCGGUUAAGGUUCCUAUUUCAAUAUUGGGAGCAGAGGUUGACAUAAUGUCUCCACCGGAACUCGUGAGGAAGUUUGAGGAGGCCUUAAAUGCCAAACCUGAGGUAUUUUCCCUUAGUUGCCGGGGUGCGGGAAAAAUCAUUGCGAAAUAUCCCGAUAGGUGUUUCAUGUACCAGGAACAAAGUGUCAUGGCUAGUAUUGGUACCCAGUAUGACAGGUUGAUAGCUUUGUGAAGAUAUUCCCAGGGGUCGAACACGGAUGGACGGUGAGGUACAAGGAUGAAGAUGAAGUGGCUGUGAAGUGUGCAGAUGAGGCACAUCAAGAUAUGUUGAACUGGUUUGUGAAAUAUGUUAAGUAAAAAACAUACAUAUACAGAUAUAUGUCUACUUUUCUUGGCAGAAUAAUUUGAUGGUGGGGUAGCAUUUUGUCCAUUAUUAGAGAGGGGGAAGUCUAUGAACCCUGCAGAGAGGUGCCAUAGAGGAAAUGUACUAGGUAAUGCUCAUAUAGUCAUAACAACUAGUGUGGGUUUCACAAGCUAAGUUUGUUGUUUUGUUUUGUACUUCGAUAUUUAUGAAAGCAUUAUCUGCUUGUUUACAUA